AUGGCUACAAGUACAAUGGAAAAGUUAGCUGUAGGGCUCCCGAUGGAUUUGGCGGAGACAAAUAAAGAAAAUAAUUUUUCCGAUCAUAGUGAAAAUAAAGAAAGUGAAAAAGUUGAAAAUGAAACUAAUUCAGAUGUUGAGAAUAAACUAAAAGACAUCACUGAUACUUCUACUACUGAUAUUUCUAAAAAAGUGUCGGUUCCCCUUCAGAGAGCUACAAAAAGUGUCCCAUUUGAGAAGGAUGGAAGUGUUUAUGGACCUUCUAAUCAAAUGCCCAUGUCAAAUUAUAAGUCGCAUUAUGCCCAAACUCAUGAUUCAGAAGAACAUUUGACGAAUCCCCACCCUCAAGACAUCGGAAUUGCUAUGAAAUUCUUAUCACCAAAAUAUGACAAGACAUCCAAAGACGCUGUUGAUACAAAUUCAACUUUUAAUGAAAUAGAAUGUCCAGUUGGAACUGUUUCUUGUAAUAACGGGGCUUUGUGUAUAGAUGAACACAAAUGGUGCGAUGGUAAUGUUGAAUGUGACGACGUCAGCGAUGAAUCAAAAUGUGACUGUAGAUCAAGGGUUGAUGAUUCUAGAAUUUGCGAUGGCUAUUUUGAUUGUCCUUUCGGUGAAGAUGAAAUGGGAUGUAAUGGUUGUAAUGACAACACAUUCAGUUGUGAAGAUCUAAAUGUUAACUCAAAGAACACUUGUUUUACCAAGGAGCAACGUUGUGACAACUUUGCGGAUUGUCCAAAUCAGAAAGACGAAAUUGACUGUAGCUUGUUAGCACCGAGCUUACAUAAAAAACCCUUGUUCGCCAUUUCAAAUACGGAAGGGUUUCUGCACAGAAAUUUUAAAGGGAACUGGUAUGCCGUUUGUAGUAAUCCCUAUAUGUGGGCACAUGAUGUGUGUCGUCGGGAAACAGGGCUUAUAAUAAGGCCUCCCUAUAUUCAAGUUGUGCAAAUAGAUCCCUUAAUAAAGGUUAAGUAUAUAAACACAGCGCUGGGAGGAUCAAUACACACUACAAAUACUUGCGGGAACAAUUCCGCAGUGUACGUCACGUGUCCUGAUUUAUUGUGUGGAACCCGAGUGCUAUCUUCCUCAGAAUGCUUAAGACAAAACGCUAAUAUGGAAGACAACCUGUUUGGCCGGAAUAAAAGAUUCCUUUUCCCAGAAUCAUACCCUGGGAUAUAUUACGGUGACCGAAAAAAGAGAUAUACAUUAAACAACGCCUGGCAAUCUCAGCCAUUCCAUUAUUUGCGAAAAGAUUUGCUUAAUGAUGUAAGGAAUAAAAGAUCAGACAGUAGAGUAGUGGGAGGAAAACCUAGUCAACCAGCUGCCUGGCCGUGGGUAGUAGCACUUUAUAGAGAUGGAAUGUUCCAUUGUGGAGGCGUUAUUGUUAACCAAAAUUGGAUAAUGUCUGCAGCACACUGCGUUAACAAAUUUUGGGAACAUUACUAUGAAGUGCAAGUUGGUAUGCUUCGUCGUUUUUCAUUCUCACCUCAAGAGCAGAACCACCGUGUUACUCACGUCAUAGUGAAUCAAAAUUACAAUCAGGAAGAUAUGAAGAAUGACUUAUCCUUAUUGAGAGUGAAGCCGGGCAUUCAGUUUAGUCGCUGGGUACGACCUAUUUGCUUACCUGGACCUGAAGUGGCUGGUACUGACUGGAUGUGGGGACCUCCAGCGGGUACAACUUGUACAGCUGUAGGCUGGGGAGCAACUGUAGAACGUGGCCCGGAUCCGGAUCAUAUGCGUGAGGUAGAAGUUCCUGUAUGGGAGCAUUGUACACAUGAAGAAGAUCAAAGUGGUAGUGAAAUGUGUGCAGGACUUGCUGAGGGUGGAAGAGAUUCAUGUCAAGGAGAUAGCGGAGGACCACUUCUAUGCAAUAAUCCUGCCAAUCCGCAGCAAUGGUAUGUAGCGGGUAUUGUGAGCCAUGGCGAUGGUUGUGCACGAAAAGGUGAACCAGGAGUUUAUACAAGAGUCAGUGUUUUUGUUUCUUGGAUACGAUACCACAUCGCAUCAAAAGCUUUACCAAUAAUUCAGCCUAAACAAGAAUGUCCUGGAUUUAGAUGUGAUUCUGGAAUUUCAAAGUGUUUGCCUAAAAAGAGGAUGUGUGAUAAAAUAAUAGAUUGUUUAGAUGGUGAAGAUGAACUAAAUUGCGAAAUAGUGAGAUCAGCAGAUACUUUUCCAAAUAAUUUAUUUGUCAAUCCAUUUGCUAAAGUCGCAAAUAUAACAAACAACCAAGAAACUAGCAAUAUAAAUGAUAAUCACAAAAAUAACAGUCUUCCGAGUAAUAAUACCAACGUGAAUACGACAUUAAACACAUCUAAUUUAAAUGAAUUUGAAACUACAACACCUUUAACAAAUAAAGAUAUAAUAACGGAUACAAAAGUAUAUGACCAAUCUACUUUGUUUGUAACCACAGAGAAAUCUAUUAUCGAGAAUGGUGAUAAAGUUACAAAUAUUUUACCACUCCCAACUGAAUUAAGUAUAGAACAAAGUUCCCUUUAUGAUGAUAUAAAGCACGCUUCAACAAUAGAAUUGCUACGUCCAGAUUAUUCAGGAGAACCCAUAGAUGACCUAGAUCCAAAUGAAUCAAUUACAUCAGAUUCUAUUAUUACUACGACUACAAGUAAAUAUUUUGAUGACAUAAAUAUAAACAUACAAUCUAGAUAUGCAAUAGAGUCUAUGUCCUCCAUUUUAGAUAACCCUCAAAAAGAAGAGAAAAUAUUUACAAACUUCAAGGUGACAGAGAAAACUUCAACAACACUAUCACCUGGCAUUUCAAGAUUAGAUUCAGAUAUUGACUCUACAACAGUUAUUAUAGAAUCAAGUGAUUUUAAUAUAUCCGACGGAAAUAAUCUCAAUAAUAAUAAAUUCAAUAAUACUAUUGACCAAAAGGAUAACUUAAACUUAACAGAUAAUAAAUAUAAUGAGACUAUUCCAUUGAUAAAGGAUUAUGUACCAACUUACAAUUUAAGCAAUAAUUUUAAUGAAAGUGUGGCUGAACCAGAUAUAGACGACCAAUUAAAUUCAGAAACGAAUCAUGAACAAGAAUAUAUACCAUCUGUUAGGCCGAUGGAUGCUACUAACACUAAUAGCGACAAAGAAGAAGACACGUUAAUAACUGAACUCCAAUCAGCAAAAAAGAAAAAAUAUAUACCAACGCCUAUUGAAUUCCAAUGCAGGCGCAUUUAUCAAAUCGUCCCCCACUCUGCUCGCUGUGAUCAUAAAGCAGACUGUGAAGAUGGUUCAGAUGAACAGGAUUGUACGUGUGUUGACUACCUAACAACUUUUGAUAAUAGACUCUUAUGUGAUGGACACUUCGAUUGUGCCGAUGGACAGGACGAAGUGAAUUGUUAUACAUGUGAAGAGGAUAAGUUUCUAUGUAAACUAAGUGAAAUAUGUCUCGAUUCAAAGUACGUUUGUGACGGAAUACCACAAUGUCCCUCAGGCGAAGACGAAUUAGAUUGCUUUGCUCUUACAAACGGCAAUCAUAUUGAAAGUGAUAUACAUGGCAGACCAGAGGCAAAGUUGGAGGGUUACUUAACUAAGAAGUAUCAAAACAGCUGGCAUAUAGUUUGUGAAGACAAAAUGUCGGUUCCAGAACAAGAAGAAGCUGCUACACGUAUAUGCCGCUAUUUGGGAUUUAGCUCAGCAAAUAAAUAUGUCAUCAAAUAUAUCAAUGUGAAAGAAAAACUUCAUCAUAUGAAAAAUAAAAGGUCAAUACGAAAUAUCGAUUUAAGGAUGCCCGUUCACUUCAGCUAUAGAACAGUUACUGACAACAACGAUUCAACACAAGUAGUCAUAAAAGAGCCUCAAAUAAUAAAAGAGGAAUGUGUUCCUAAUAUAACGAAAACCUGCAUGUCGCUUUAUGUUUUUUGCGACCAUUCCUUAUACACUCAUUUUGAUAGCAUUGAUGAAGAUAACGUCAAUAAUGAAAUAAAGAAAAUGACUGACCAAAUGUGGCCAUGGAUAGCGAAAUUAUAUGUUGACGGAAAAUAUAAAUGCACUGGAGUUUUAGUUGAUUUGUCUUGGGUUCUAGUAAAUCACGUGUGCCUGCCAAAUUCUGAGCUCAGUUAUCACUAUGUGACAGUUAUACUUGGUUCUCACAAAACUCUUAAAUCCACUCUUGGACCUUAUGAGCAAGUGUAUCGAGUUGAUGCAAAGAAACAUUUAUAUCAAAGGAAAAUUAUGCUUCUGCAUCUCAAUGAACGCGCUGUAUACACGUCUAUGGUGAAGCCGAUGGUAGUAACAUCUCUAUAUUCAGAUGAUGCUGAUAAUACGAUAUGCGUAGCAGUUGGUCAGGAUAGAAAUAAUAAAAUGUCAAGCGUUUUCCUUAAAGAAACUGAUAAAUGCAAUUCCCAUAAUCGAUGUUUCGACCUUUUAGUCAAUUCUAGCUAUUGUAACUUUGAAGAUGCAAAAUGGGCCGGCAUAAUAAGUUGUCACAACAAACGUGGAUGGUAUCCCGCAGCGUCGUUUGUAAAAGACAUGGGAAUAUGUAAAAAUACUGAUGGCAUAAAUGGAACGGACAUUGGAAAUUUAAAAAUUGAUAUAAAAUAUUUCGAAGAUAAACCAUUACCUCUUUCCGAUGAGCAUUUGUUUACAAAUUGCGAAGGAGUCCGGUGUCAAAGAGGGCAUUGUGUGGGGUUACAGGACGUAUGUAAUGGGGUCACGAAUUGUGAAGAUUCUUCGGAUGAAUCUAAAGAAGCAUGUAGGAAAAAACAUGAUGUUUGUACACAGAAUCCAUUUUAUCGUGGAUGUGAAUGUCCGGUUGGUCAAUUAAAAUGUCAUAACGGUCAAUGUGUACCCAAAGAAUUGUUCAAGGACGGCCGUAAUGAUUGCGGAGAUGGCACCGAUGAGCCUGGUCAAACAUUAUGUUCAGAUUACUUGAGGAGGGUUAUGCCUUCACGACUCUGUGACGGCAUUCUCCACUGUCAUGAUAGGAGUGAUGAAGAUCCCACAUUCUGCAAAUGUUUCGCAAAAAAAGGCGUACAAGUAAGCGAUAAAUGA